AUGAAGUACUCUGAGUACGAACCUCAACGUAUUCUUGUAGGCGUAACAGGAGGGUCUGCAGCUGGAAAAACCACGCUUUGCGAAACCAUCAAAAGAGAAAUCCAAUAUGAUUCUGAUGUUGACAUGACUAUUCUUUCUUGCGAUUCCUUUUAUAAAGGCGUAGACAAAUAAUUUAUUGACAUAUCUUAAUAUAACUUUGAUCAUCCAGAUUCAUUGGAUUUUGAUAAUGCUUUUGAAGUGAUCUCUACAUUGUUGUAAGGAAGACCAGCUUCAGUUCCAAUAUAUUGUUUUGUGAAUCAUAAAAGACUAGACUAAUACUAAGUAGUGCUGCCUGCUCAAGUGAUAGUUUUUGAGGGCAUUAUGGCACUUUAUGAUGAAAGAAUUAGAGAAUUAAUGUCUUAUAAAAUAUUUAUACAUUGUGAUGAUGAUAUUCGUUUAUGUCGUCGUAUUUUAAGGGAUGUCAAAGAAAGAGGAAGAACCGUAGAAAAUGUGCUCUUCUAAUACACUAAAUUUGUAAAAAGAUCAUUUGAAAACUUCAUUUCACCUUUGAUGAGUCAAGCUGAUUUAAUCAUCCCUGGACACAGAUAAAAUCACGUCUCAGUUGCUUUCAUAGUAAACCACUUGAAAAACAUGGCUAAACAAAAUGGAUUGCUCAGAGAAAAAUUAAAUACUCUCCUUUACUUUGGAGACUUGUUAUAUUCAAUUGAUGGAUUCAUGAGGAAUAGAACCAAAGUAGACUUUUCAAAUCCGAAUGCCUCUUUUAAGCAGUUAUUCUUUCCUGAAGAAAAUAUGAAACCAGAUUUUCUUUAUAUCACAUAAAACUUCUUGGCAGGUAAAUUAGUUAGUGAAAAACAAAUAUACAAAGUUGUCAAAUUAUGCUUUAAAUCAACUUUAUUUAUGCUUGAAAAAUGCAUAUAAUAAGAUAAAUAUGAGAUCGAUCAAAUUUAAUGUGUACACCUUAAAGAGAUUUUAUCCAACAAUUUCAAAAUAAACGAAAACACUAAAUUCCUGGUAUUGGCUGUUCCCUUAUUGUUCAAGAGUGGAUUAACCUAAUUACAUUAAAUUGAAGAAACUAUCAAAUAAUUUUAAGAAGUAUAAUUGAUUGUUGUGAAUGUGUUUUCUGAUAUCAAGACUAUUACUGAAAUUAAUUGGGCUUUUAAAAAAUUAAAAAUAUACAUCAAUGCCUUUUUAGUGGGUAAACUUGAUAAGUUCAUGUAAAUAAUGAAUUUACCAGCAAAAUCACAGCCAGAUUUAAUGUAUGGCCAAGAAAAAUUUUUUUAGAAAUUGAAUAGAUUUAUUAUAAAAAGACAAGCAAAGAAGAAUUGAUUGAUAAUAUAUAUUAAAAAUAAUAUAUAUUAGAUUUUUGCUUAAA